UAUUUUUCAAUUUUAAUCUUUCUAGUUUGAUAUGAAAAAAUUCCUUGAAACGUAUCAGCUUCAUUUUCAUAGCUAUUUUACUUACGAGUAGAUACUUACUCCCAGCGACGUUUUAGUUAUUAUAGAUUCUGAUCUUGAUGAACAGGCGUGUAUAAGUUCAAAAUCGCGGUUGUGAAAACCGACGAAUUGUUGAGUCGUUUCCUUUACUUAGUCAUUUAUGGUGUAACGAUCUGUCAAAAAUGAAGUGCAACUUUUUACAAUUUUUGUUAAUUUAUUCGAUAUCCGCGUUGAUUUACUACACGCCUACUUACGGAAGGCCUGCAACUGGCGCGGUCGACAAUCUUGACGAGACAUUGGAUAAACAAAACGAAGAGAUGAGGAAGAUAAUCAUAAUUGAGGAAGUGCACGACCAUUUGAAUAUAGUGAACAAAAAAGUGGAAGUAUGGCAAUGCGGAUUGGGACCUACUCCAAAGCGAACAUUACAUUAGAGAUGCAACAUGAUAAUUUGUACAGACGGAUUGUCGAUGGGAAUGCUGAGCUAACAAUGUUUCAAAGUUAAUAAUAGCCUGCUAAGUACCUAUCUUCCGAGUGUCCAAGAAUUGAGGAUUCGAAUAAGCGAAAAAAUAAAACGAUCUGCUCCAAAGUUUUGUCCCUCUCGACUAGAAGUUUCUCUAAAAUAUGAUAUGCAUUGGUAUGUAAUACAACUUUGCCAACAUCAAAUCCCCUCAAGCGCGAUGUUAUUAAAAUCAAAAGUUUUACCCUUUUCCCUUCGACAUUUCGUUGAAAUAAGAAGAAAUUCUAGAACUUUUUUUAAUCUUUUUAAAAUGUGAAAAACGUAAGAUUUAAUCCGGUUAUAUCACUGCGACCUUAUUUUACCAAGAAUCUGUUGUUUCAUCAUCACCGCCAGGCACCAUGUUCCAAAAGUUCAAAGCUUUCAAGUUGAUCGAGCGACAACAUUUUUCAAAACUCAUUAUCUAGAAAAUGGCUGAAUCGAUUUCGAUGAAACAUUUAAAAUCCCGCUAGGCCUGUACGAUUCCUACGAAGUAGUAAUACGACCUUCAAUUUUUGGUGAAUCGUUCAUGAACGAAUUGAUUUAUUUUUUGAAAGAACCAUUCACCAACGAAUUGAUCAAUUCUUUGAUUUAUGAAUCAAUUCGUUCGCGAAUGAUUUAAAAAUUAAAAAAUAAUUCAAUUCGUUCGUGAAUGAUUCACCAAAAAUUGAGCAAACGAAUUGAUUCGUUCACGAAUGAUGCACUAAAUAUUAUUCAAUUCGUUCGCGAAUGAUUCAUCAUAAAUUCAGUUGAUGAAUCGAUUCGUUCGCGAACGAGUCACUUAUACGAAUCGAUUCGUUCGCGACUGAGUCACUUAUACGAAUCAAUUCGUUCGCGAAUGAUUCAAAAAAAUAAUUCAAUUCGUUCGUGAAUGAUUCACUAAAAAUUGAGCAAAUGAAUCGAUUCGUUUGCAAAUGAGUCACUAAUACAAAUCAAUUCGUUCGCGAAUGAUUUACUGAAAAUUAUUCAAUUCGUUCGCGAAUGAUUCACUAAAAAUUAUUCAAUUCGUUCGCGAAUGAUUCACUAAAAAUUAUUCAAUUCGUUCGCGAAUGAUUCACUUACACGACUCGAUGCGUUCGCGAACGAGUCACUUGUAAGAAUCAAUUCGUUCGCGAAUGAUUUAAAAAAUAAUUCGAUUCGUUCGUGAAUGAUUCACCAAAACUUGAGCAAACGAAUCGAUUCGUUCACGAAUGAUGCACUAAAUAUUAUUCAAUUCGUUCGUGAAUGAUUCAUUAUAAAUUCAGUUGAUGAAUCGAUUCGUUCGCGAACGAGUCACUUAAACGAAUCGAUUCGUUCGCGACCGAGUCAUUUAUACGAAUCGAUUCGUUCGCGACCGAGUCACUUGUACGAAUCAAUUUGUUCGUGAAUGAUUCACCAAAAAUUGAGCAAAUGAAUUGAUUCGUUUGCAAUUGAGUCACUAACACAAAUCAAUUCGUUCGCGAAUGAUUUACUGAAAAUUAUUCAAUUCGUUCGCGAAUGAUUCACCAAAAAUUGAGCAAAAGAAUCCAUUCGUUCGCAAAUGAGUCACUAAUACAAAUCAAUUCGUUCGCGAAUGAUUCACUCAAAAUUAUUCAAUUUGUUCGCGAAUGAUUCAUCAAAAAUUGAGUUGAUGAAUCGAUUCGUUCGCGAACGAUUCACUUACACGAUUCGAUCAACACCACCUCAACUGACUCGAUUCGUUCGCGAACGAGUCACUUAUACGAACCAAUUCGUUCGAGAUUCGAUUCACUUGCCUUGUAAACAGAUCAAUUCCUAUACAAUAGUUUCACAAAAACCGAAUCAAUCGUAAAUUGAUUGAUCCGUUUGCGAAUGAUUCACCAAAAAAUCAAUCAAUUUAUUUAAUCCCCAAUCGUUCGUUAAAUCGUUAAUGAUUCGAUUCGAAUGUAAACAGAUCAAUUGCUGUACAAGUAUUUAUUUCAAAUUUUUUGUUGAACGUAAAUUUGUAAAAAAAAGAUCCGUUUUUUCAAAAAUUCUUCACUAUAAUAUUGUCUAAUUAAAAAAGGUCAACAAUACAAUUGUAAAUAUGUUUUGUAUUGUUUCGUUGUGUUUUUUGGAUAUCAUUAAUGAUAGAUAAUUGUUCCAUUCUUCGAUAUUUACAUGUACAAUGUAUGUAUUAGGUAUGCGAUUUUGUUAUGAUUUAAAUUGUUCUUUAUUGUUUGCAAACCCGAACUCAAAUACUUAGUGUAAUAUUAUGCAUGUUCUAUGUUUUCUUAUUUUUGUAAUUUUAUUGGAAUUUAUGAUUUUGAAGUAAUUACAAUUGAAUUCUUUUUAAAAAAAUUCCAAAGUGUCGCCGAAUCUUUUUUUUUCAACUUGAUGAAUCGAUUUAUCAUUGCUAUUUUCGCAACUUUAACAAAUCUACAAAAAUUGCUCAACAGUUUUCAUGAAAAUCAAGGCAAAUUAAUCUCUAAUCUAUCUGAGCAGAUCAUGAUUUCAGGGGUGCUGUGAUCCCCCUGAGCAUUUGAUGAGUUCUCCCCUAUUUUCAGUAAAACUCCCACCCCCCCCCCAUAUACUUCCACAAAAAUUUUUUCAACUAAAUUGGCCAGAGAUUGUUCAAAACAUUUUUUAAAAACGGAAGUUGGAAACAAAAAUGUUAAAUAAUUAUUUAAGUGUACCUAAUAUUGCUAAUCUAUUCGUUUAUUAUUUAAGUGUACCUAAUAUUGCUAAUCUAUUCGUUUCAUUAGAUUGAAAAAUUCUUGAAAAGUUGAAGGUUCAUGCAAGAGGAAACGAUUUACCUAUCAAUUGAUAUUUUCGCAACUUGAACAAAUCUACAAAAAUUGCUCAACAGUUUUCGUAAAAAUCGAAGCAAAUUAAUUUCUAAUUCAUUUGAGCACAUCAUGAUUUGAAAGUCGAUAAAUUUUUACCCUUCCCAGCGGCCCAUAAAAAAGUAGGUACAGAACUAUAUAGGUACUUGAUUAAGUUUUCGAUUUUCAUCUUUCUAGCUUGAUAUGAAAAAAUUCCUUGAAACCUAUCAGCUUCAUUUUCAUAGCUAUUUUACUUACGAGUACUUACUCCCAACGACGUUUUAGUUAGGUGUUAUAGAUUCUCCUACGAAUUUUUGUGUCGUUUCCUUUAGUCAUUUUUGGUGUAGGUAGUGAUCUGUCAGAAAUGAAGUACAACUUUUUACUUUUUUUAUUUAUUUAUUUAUUUAAUACCCGCGUUGAUUUUCUACAUGCCUACUUACGGAAGGCCUACAUCUGAUGCGGACAACGAUGAGGCCUCAGAAAUGGAAUUGAAGGAAUUAAAGGCAGAGUUGGAUAGUAUUAACGAACGAUGGGAAGCUGAUAUCAAAGAAUAUAAGAUGCAACAAGAUAAUUUUUACAGACGGAUUGUGGAUGGAGAUGGUGAGCUAACAAUGUUGCCUACAUCUGAUGCGGACGACGAGGAUGCCUCAGAAACGGAAUUGAAGGAAUUAAAGGCAAAGUUGGAUCGUAUAAACAAACGACGGGAAGAUUUCAAAGCAUUGAAGGUGGAACAAGAUAAUUUGUACAGACGGAUUGUGGAUGGAGAUGAGAACAUCAGGGAUCAAGUUAAAGAUGUCCUAAUAAAAGCUCGCAAGCGAAGAGAUGAUUUGAAUCCUACGACUUUAAUUCCAGAGAACAUCAGGGAUCGAGUUAAAGAUGUCCUAAUAAAAGCUCGCAAGAGAAGAGAUGAUUUGAAUCGAGAACAGCGAAUUCUGAGAAAUAUUCGUUAGAGAGGAAAUAUUUCUCAGGUGCCUGCUUAGCUCAAAUUGGAGACACUUAGUCAAUCUACUACACUAUUCAUCAACACAUAUCCUCAGUUUCAUUUAUAAUCAAAAGCAAAAUGAUAACUCAAGGAGCAAUUAUGUACAAUAAUUUUAAUCAGAAAUAUUUAUACAAUAAUUGAGAUGUCUGUACCAAAUAAUUUACAAGAGUCUAGACGUAAAUUCUGUGUUGCCAAUAGAUACAAUAGACCACAAUCCAUGUACACGAAAAAGUGCUCUAGAAGUUGAUUUUGUAGUUUUUUUUUCGGGAACCAAAAAAACGCGCUGCCAAAAUGAAGGUACUAUGUGCCCCAUUCAGAAAAGUGCAAUUUUGAAAUUUUUCCCUUGCACAAAUGGGGGGGGGGGGAGUGGGCCCUCAAAAAGAUUUGUGUUGGGGGACUUCUCCCGAUACCAAAUAUGUGAUUUUUUUUUCGUGACACCCUGCACAACUGCAUAUUAUGGCACUUUGAAUGCGAUUUUUAUGCAUUUUUGGCCAAUUUCGACGAUAAAAUGGCUCUUAUGACCAGAGUAUGGCCUGGAACCAGCGGAUUCUUGGACGUGUGUUAAACGGGGACAUUUGAAGUCCAACUGCGCAAAAACGGUGAAAAAAUACUUGCACAACGCGAUUUUAUGCUCACUAAUGGGUUUGUCAGCUACCCCCCACCACCGGAAUUCAACAAUGCAUUAUCUAUCCGAUAAUAUCGAUGCGACCUAUCAAAAUGGUAUAAAAUUUUGCGCUGAACUCUAAAAUCGCAGACAUUUUUCAUUUCAGGGUGUCUACAGCACGAAAAAAGUACGAAUUUACGAAAAAAGCACGAAAUUUGAAAAUGACCCAAAAAAGUACGAAAAAACGUCAAAAAUGUACGAAAUUCACGAAAUUUGUACGAAAUUUUGAAAGGAUUCCAUUGUUAAUUUUCCGACAAAGUCACCAAUAUAUCCUCAAAUUUCUUAUUUUUUCAAAAAUUUUCGCCCUCGCUUCGAUCGGGCCAAUUUAGUGCCUUUUCUCCGCAAACAAUUUCAAAAAACAUUGAUAAAAUUUAAAAAAAUUGAGAUGAAAAACAAAGUUUCUUACAUUAAAAUUGAUAUUGUUCUACUAGUCCAGUAGAAUUAGCAAAAAAACAGGCUCUAUAGUGAAUCUCUAGGUGGCAAGCUGAUUUUUGGUAUACUGGUCCAUUUUGAUGUCCUGAAAACGAAUCCGAGGAGUCCCCUACUGUCCCGGGUGUGCUUUCCCCCAAAUUGUGGAUCUUAGCCCCCCAAAAUCGGUUUUUGACCAAUUCAUCGAAAAAUAUUGACUCUAGCGCAAAAGUGGUUGAAGAAUGUUGUUCUACGUCAAAUUUCCGAUCUAGUGAUAUAUCAACUUUCCUUCUACCCCUAAGGGGGGUGGAACCACAACCAUUCAAAAAAGGGGGGUUCCCUGAAAAAUACAUAACGGCUAUAGGCGCCUAAGAGGGGUGAAAUGGUCCCUGAAAGCGUUCGAGUUGAUAUUAGCAUGAAAAGUGGGUACCAUAGAGAAAUCUCCGCGAAAAAAAUUUUAGAUCCACACCCCCUCCCAAUUUUGCGGAACCCCCCUUUUUUGAAAUUUCAGUAACACUUUUCUCAGCCCCAUUUCAACCGAUUUUGAAAAUUUUUCUGGAAGUUAUGUAUAUCCUUGAUAGGUAUCCCCAAAAAAAUUUUCAACCCCCUCCCCUUAUAUUUACCCCUCGAAAUGGCGUUUUUUUCAUUUUUUUAGGCCUAUUAACAAUCAAAAUUGCGAGGUACAAUUUUGUAAACACGUUUUUUGGAUGUAUUUUUGGCCCCCAAACAUCAUAUACUAUAUUAGAACUUUUUGCUUUGGUGCGCCGUGGUGAAAACUUGGAAUAAUGUAUCGUAGGGGGGUAGGGGGUGAAAUGGGAAUUUUGAAAAAAAUAACUAUCAAUGAGUAGGGUAUCGUUUUCAUAUGAUUCGAUACCGCUGAGCACGAAUAUGACCUCAGAUUUUCUGCUACACUCACCUACCCCUCUCCAGAGCCCCUCAGCCCCCUCAAUUUUCACGAUUUUCGAAAUAUAGUUAUUUUGAUGAUGUUGGUGUCGUUUUCAUAUGAUUCGAUACCGCUGAGCACGAAUAUGACCUCACAUUUUCUGCUACACUCACCUACCCCUCUCCAGAGCCCCUCAGCCCCCCACAAUUUUCACGAAUUUUCGAAAUAAAGUUAUUUUGAUGAUUAGCAAAAAAACAGGCUCUAUAUGUAGUGAAUCUGUAGGUGGCAAGCUGAUUUUUGGUAUACUGGUCCAUUUUGAUGUCCUGAAAACGAAUCCGAGGAGUCCCCUACUGUCCCGGGUGUGCUUUCCCCCAAAUUGUGGAUCUUAGCCCCCCAAAAUCGGUUUUUGACCAAUAUAUCGAGAACUAUCAUCCAAAAAACGUGUUUACAAAAUUGUACCUCGCAAUUUUGAUUGUUAAUAGGCCUAAAAAAAUGAAAAAAACGCCAUUUCGAGGGGUAAAUAUAAGGGGAGGGGGUUGAAAAUUUUUUUGGGGAUACCUAUCAAGGAUAUACAUAACUUCCAGAAAAAUUUUCAAAAUCGGUUGAAAUGGGGCUGAGAAAAGUGUUACUGAAAUUUCAAAAAAGGGGGGUUCCGCAAAAUUGGGAGGGGGUGUGGAUCUGAAAUUUUUUGCGCGGAGGUUUCUCUAUGGUACCCACUUUUCAUGCUAAUAUCAACUCGAACGCUUUCAGGGACCAUUUCACCAAAGUUGAUAUAUCACUAGAUCGGAAAUUUGACGUAGAACAACAUUCUUCAACCACUUUUGCGCUAGAGUC